UGUAUGUGUCUCCGCGUGCAAUGUGGGGGGUCGGGGUGGGGUGCGGUGCAGAGGUGCUCGUGCUAGAGAAGGAAGGGGCAGAAGCCAAGUCCCCAUGCAGGUUCAAUCUCUUGAGUCCUGGUGUGGGAGAUCCCGGAUCCCAUGUUCCCCUGCCGCCCCUCUCCACGCAGGUGGCAGGCAGAGGGAAGCGGUGCUCAGGAACAAAUCCCCAGAGAGGAGGGAGGGUCCUAGGGAAUCCUUCACCCCCCAUAGCCUGGAGAAGAGCUCCGAGGUCGGAGAUGGGGAGAGCUUGGAGGGCAAAUCUGGAGCAGGAAAGAAGAACAUGGUUGCAAGGGAGGAACUGGAGGAGACUGUGCCCGCCUUCUCCUUCUGUACUGCAGGGGACUAAAAUAGGGUUGGAUCCUCCGGAGUUCAAUUUCUCUUAGGAGGGUGAGUGAACCAGGACAUCCCCAACCCCGGUGUCUCAUGUGAACGGUUGCUUAGCCUGUUUGUAUUCUGGGUAUUUUUGUGAAGUCUCAAAGUUUGUACCAAACACAGAUUCAUGCACAGGGAUUAAGUAACACCCUCUGCUGGAGGCAAAAAAUUGGACAGAGAUGGCUGGAAGACUUGCUUGACCUGUAGCUACAGGAAUGGUACUAUGAAUAGAAAGGUGUUUGGAGAUCCACAAGAUUCCCUGGACCCCUUUGGAGGUGCACUACAGGACAGAGAAAGAAUGAAAAGCCAAUCUUUAGCGAGUGAGGAAAUUGGAAAAGGCCCUUCUGGUGUCCAGCCUGGGAGCUAUGGGGAGAUCUGUGCAAGAACUGGGCAGAAGAUCCUGGAGGAGAAAAUCACCCUUUCAGAAGUUCAGCCCUGGAACUUCAGGAGCUUCCAAUACAAGGAGGAUGAAGGUCCCCGAGGACUUUGCAGCCGGCUCCAUUCCUUUUGUAGUCGAUGGUUGAGACCAGAAAAGCACACAAAAGCGCAGAUGCUGGACCUGGUUGUUCUGGAGCAGUUCUUGGCCCUUCUGCCCCUGCAGAUGGAGAGCUGGGUGCGGGAGUGUGGAGCAGAGACCAGCUCCCAGGCGGUGGCCCUGGUGGAAGGCUUCCUUCUGAGCCAGGCGGAGGAGAAGAAGGAGAGCAUUGACUGGCAGUCCUUCAUGAUGGAGAUCAGAGAUCCUGAGGGAAGGGGACAUCCAUCUGAUUCAUCUCUCAAAAUGUUUUGCACGAGGAUCUCUCAGGAUGAUCCAAAUCAAGACACUAUCACAGGGAAGAAUAGAAGGAAGUUGAGCCUUUUUGAUGGUGGAGCUGAAACAAUGGUAGAAACUCCAAUUCAGGAGGGCCUUGUCUUCUUCGAGGAGGUGGCUGUGUAUUUCUCUGAGGAAGAAUGGUCUGAACUGGAUCCUGACCAAAAAGUUCUGCAUUGGGAAGUCAUGUUGGAAAAUUACAGCAACGUGGCUUCUCUUGGUAAUAAUGGGCAGGACCAUAAACAAUCUAGGGAAUCAUUCCAAGUGUUCAGAUAUGGAGACGUAUCGGAGAAGCCUGAAAUGCAAAUGAAAUUCCAGAGGCAGGAGAGAAAUCAGUCAAAUAAUUGGAAUAAGGAAAGCUCAUCUUCCAUUGAGGCUCAGACGCAGUUUCUUGAGCAACCAAGAAAAAUGAAGAAAAAAUAUAUUGGGAAAGGUAUAAGACUAUCUAAAGAUACAUUAGAUGUAAAUGGACAGUAUCUGACCCAAGCCAAAGGACAACAUUGUAUAUACAAAGACAAUGGAAAACAAUACAAUUGGACUUUCACACUUUCUCAAGAAAAUGGGUCACUUACAUCACAUAAAAGUAUUCAUAUGGAAGAGAAGCCGAAUAAAUCCCUCGAGCAUGGAAAAAGCUUCGGUGAAAACAAGACUCUUAUGAUUCAUAAAAGGCUCCACACAGAGGAAAAGCCAUUUAAAUGCUUGGAGUGUGGAAAGGGCUUCAGCAAGCCCAGUAGUCUUACUUCCCAUAAAAGGAUCCACACAGGGGAGAAGCCAUAUAAAUGCAUGGAGUGUGGAAAGGUCUUUAGUUGCAACAGUAAUCUUACUUCCCACAAAAGGAUCCACACAGGGGAGAAGCCAUAUAAAUGUAUGGAGUGUGGAAAGAGCUUCAGAGUACAUAGUGAUCUUACAUCCCAUAAAAGGAUCCACACAGGCGAGAAACCAUAUAAAUGCAUAGAGUGUGGAAAGGACUUCAGAAUACAUAGUGAUCUUACAACCCAUAAAAGGAUCCAUACAGGGGAGAGGCCUUAUAAAUGCAUGGAAUGUGGAAAGACUUUUACUCAUAACAUUCAACUUGCUUCCCAUAAAGCGAUCCACACCGGGGAGAGGCCUUACAAUUGCAUGGAAUGUGGAAAGACUUUUACUCAUAGCAGUCAACUUGCUUCCCAUACAUGGAUCCAUAGAGGGGAGAAGCCAUAUAAAUGCAUGGAGUGUGGAAAGGGCUUCCAUGUAAAUUCAUCCCUUAUGAGACAUAAGAGGAUUCACACGGGGGAUAAACCAUAUAAAUGUAUGGAAUGUGGAAAAGGCUUCAGUGAACUCGGUAAUCUUACAUCCCAUAAAAGGAUCCACACAGGGGAGAAGCCAUAUAAAUGCAUGGAGUGUGGAAAGGGCUUCAGUGAACACAGUAAUCUUAUUUCCCAUAAAAGGACUCACACAGGAGAGAAGCCAUUUAAAUGCAUGGAUUGUGGAAGGGUUUUCAGUCAACGCAGUAGCCUUACCUCCCAUAAAAGGAUCCAUACAGGGGAGAAACCAUAUAAAUGUGUGGAAUGUGGAAGGUGCUUUAGUGAAUACAGUAAUCUUAUUUCCCAUAAAAGAACACACACAGGAGAAAAGCCUUUUAAAUGCAUGGAUUGUGGAAAAUGCUUCAGCCGACCCAGUAUGCUUACUUCCCAUAAAAGAAUCCAUAGAGAUGAAAAGCCAUUUAAAUGCAUGGAGUGUGGAAAAGGCUUCAGCAAACCCAGUAGUCUUACUUCUCAUAAAAGGAUCCACACAGGGGAGAAGCCAUUUAAAUGCUUGGAGUGUGGAAAGGGCUUUAGGUGCAACAGUAAUCUUACUUCCCAUAAAAGGAUCCACACAGGUGAGAAGCCAUAUAAAUGCAUGGAUUGUGGAAAGGGCUUUAGGUGCAACAGUAAUCUUACUUCCCAUAAAAGGAUUCACACAGGGGAGAGGCCAUAUAAAUGCUUGGAGUGUGGAAAGGACUUUACUUGCAACAGUGGUCUUACUUCCCAUAAAAGGAUUCACACAGGGGAGAAGCCAUAUAAAUGCAUGGAGUGUGGGAAGGACUUCAGAGUACAUAGUGAUCUUACUUCCCACAAAAGGAUCCACACGGGGGAGAGGCCAUAUAAAUGUAUGGAGUGUGGAAAGGACUUUAGUUGCAACAGUAGUCUUACAUCCCAUAAAAGGAUCCACACAGGGGAGAAGCCAUAUAAAUGCAUGGAGUGUGGAAAGGACUUUAGUUGCAAGAGUACUCUUACAUCCCAUAAAAGGAUCCACACGGGGGAGAGGCCUUACAAUUGCAUGGAAUGUGGAAAGACUUUUACUCACAGCAGUCAACUUGCUUCCCAUACAUGGAUCCAUAGAGGGGAGAAGCCAUAUAAAUGCAUGGAGUGUGGAAAGGGCUUCUAUGUAACUUCAUCCCUUAUGACACAUAAGAGGAUUCACACGGGGGAUAAACCAUAUAAAUGUAUGGAAUGUGGAAAAGGCUUCAAUAAACUCGGUAAUCUUACAUCCCAUAAAAGGAUCCACACAGGGGAGAAGCCAUAUAAAUGCAUGGAGUGUGGAAAGGGCUUCAGUGAACGCAGUAGCCUUAUUUACCAUAAAAGGACUCACACAGGAGAAAAGCCAUUUAAAUGCAUGGAUUGUGGAAAGUGCUUCAGCCGACCCAGUAAGCUUACUUCCCAUAGAAGGAUCCAUACAGGGGAGAAGCCAUAUAAAUGUGUGGAAUGUGGAAGGUGCUUUAGUGAAUAUCGUAAUUUUAUUUUCCAUAAAAUGAUACACACAGGAGAAAAGCCAUAUAAAUGCAUGGAUUGUGGAAAAUGCUUCAGCCGACCCAGUAAACUUACUUCCCAUAAAAGGAUCCAUAGAGAUGUGGAGCUAAUUUCUAAAACAGAGAGAGAUUUCAGUGAGAAUAUGCUAAUUUAGCAGGUUAAAUCUAUGGAUUUUCCUAUUUCAUCGACUGAACUCAGAAAGGAAGCUGUUUUUGGCCCUUCCAACUGGCAGCCCCAGAGAGAGAUGGAUAUAUUAAUUUAAAUGAAAACAAUGUGCAUGUUUUCAUUUUAAUCAUGAAUGAUGAAUUUUUGAAUUAUGUAUAUAUUUAAUUUUUUUUUUAGAUAUAAACUUCUGCUCCACAUGAGUGACCGCUGUCUGCUUUUUUAGAGGUGCUGUUUCUGCUAUUACAUUUUAACUUUCAUGUGUAACUUUGUCUCUCUAUUUUUGCUUUUUACUUUGGAUUAGAUUACAUGUUAAUUGCCAGGUUGAAUGCUGUUAAAUCCAAUGCAUUCCAUUAAUGAACUGCAAUUAAAGACUUUUAUUGCCUUUAA